GCCGCCCGCUCAGCAAACUUAUAAAUUUAGUAACAAUAUGUUUUAGGCGCUUGGAUCCUGAAAUUAACACCGCAGCAGCUCCGGGCGGAUCGGUGUCUGUUACUCUCCGCCUUCUAGCAGCCCGGACACGAGGAGGGGAGGAGCAGGGGGGAGCGUUUCAACACAUUAUCCUGCCCUCCUGAGCCAGGACAAGUAUCCCCCCCCGCCCAUGCACCAUUCACACAAGCCUGCCUAUGCCCCAUGGACAGACUGCCUUGCCACCAAGGGAGAGGCACUUGGAGCUUGAGCUGCGCCACCAGACGCGGAGCGUAAGCAAGAGCAGCCGCAGUCGUCUCUGGACGGACUAAGGCAGGAGGUCCGAGGUGAGGGGAGGUAGCUGGCAGAUUUCCACCUCCCCCGCCCCGGGGAGAGGAUGUCAGCGCCAGGGGAGCAGCACAGCUGGGCUGCUAAGACCCCCAUCCUCUCAGCCACCUUGUGGCUCCUGUGCUCCGCUACGCAGGUUUGUGGAGACCAAAACCAAGGAGCUAUUUUUCUGCGUGAAUUUACAUUGAUUCGGAGAGAGAGCCUCCAUGACGAUUUCUUGUCUGACUUGCUGAAUAACCAUAAAACUGAAGAUCCGGGCACUGGAGGAGGAGAUAAUGGUUUGGAGUUACUUGAUGAACAGUUAACCAAAGCAAGUUCCAGAACAGCUCGGUCUGAAGAAGACCGAGAUACACUGUGGGAUGCCUGGGGUUCAUGGAGUGAAUGUUCACGCACUUGUGGAGGAGGGGCUUCCUAUUCACUCAGACGCUGCCUGAGCAGCAAGAGCUGUGAAGGGCGAAACAUUAGAUACAGAACAUGCAGCAAUGUGGAUUGCCCUCCAGAAGCCGGUGAUUUUCGGGCCCAGCAGUGUUCUGCUCAUAACGAUGUCAAGUACCAGGGACAGUUUUAUGAAUGGCUUCCUGUCUCUAAUGACCCUGACAACCCGUGUUCACUGAAGUGCCAAGCCAAAGGGACAACCCUUGUUGUGGAACUGGCUCCAAAGGUUCUUGACGGCACGCGAUGCUACACUGAGUCACUGGAUAUGUGCAUUAGUGGCUUGUGCCAAAUCGUUGGCUGUGAUCACCAGCUGGGAAGCACUGUCAAGGAAGAUAACUGUGGGGUCUGCAAUGGCGAUGGGUCCACCUGCCGGCUGGUUCGAGGCCAGUAUAAAUCCCAGCUCUCAGCAAAUAAACCGGAAGAUACUGUUGUCGCUGUUCCCUAUGGAAGUAGGCAUGUUCGUCUAGUGUUGAAAGGACCUGAUCACUUACAUUUGGAAACCAAGACUCUACAAGGUGUGAAGGGUGAAAACAGCCUCAGCUCCACAGGCUCCUUCUUGGUGGACAAUUCUAGCGUCGACUUCCAGAAGUUUCCGGACAAGGAGAUACUGAGAAUAUCUGGGCCUCUCAGUGCAGACUUCACAGUCAAGGUCCGUUACGCUGGUGCUGCUGACAGCGCAGUUCAGUUUAUCUUCUAUCAGCCCAUCAUUCACCGAUGGAGGGAAACUGAUUUCUUUCCUUGUUCAGCAUCCUGUGGAGGAGGUUACCAGCUGACAUCUGCUGAGUGUUACGAUCUGAGAAGCAGCCGGGUGGUGGCUGAUCAAUACUGUCACUACUACCCUGAAAAUAUUAAGCCAAAGCCAAAACUUCAGGAGUGCAACUUGGACCCUUGUCCUGCCAGUGAUGGAUACAAGCAGAUCAUGCCCUAUGACCUCUACCAUCCCCUUCCUCGAUGGGAGAGUACUCCAUGGACAGCCUGCUCCUCCUCGUGUGGAGGGGGCAUUCAGAGCCGCACAGUCUCUUGUGUGGAGGAGGACAUUCAGGGGCACAUCAGCCCUGUGGAAGAGUGGAAGUGCAUGUACACGCCAAAGAUGCCCAUUGUCCAGCCCUGCAACAUAUUUGACUGCCCAAAAUGGCUGGCCCAGGAGUGGUCUCCGUGCACUGUGACAUGUGGCCAGGGGCUGAGAUACCGUGUGGUUCUCUGCAUUGAUCACAGAGGGAUGCAUACAGGAGGCUGCAGCCCUAAAACAAAGCCUCAUAUAAAAGAAGAAUGCAUUGUACCCACUCCUUGCUACAAACCCAAAGAGAAACUUCCUGUGGAAGCUAAACUGCCAUGGUACAAGCAGGCACAAGAGCUGGAAGAAGGAGCAAUGGUGUCUGAAGAACCAUCGUUUAUUCCUGAGGCCUGGUCUGCCUGUAGUGUCACAUGUGGGGUGGGCAGCCAGGUGCGGCCUGUGAAGUGUCAGGUGCUCCUGUCUUUCUCUCAGUCUGUGGCUGACCUGCCUAUCGACGAAUGUGAAGGUCCCAAACCUGCAUCACAGCGAGCCUGUUACAGCGGCCCCUGCAGUGGGGAGGCUGCUGAAUCUAACCCUGAGGAAACCGAACUGAUCUAUGGGGGCCUCCAGGAUUUUGAUGAACUCUAUGACUGGGAAUACGAGGGCUUUACGGAAUGCUCAGAAUCCUGUGGAGGAGGUGUCCAGGAGGCUGUCGUGACUUGCUUGAACAAACAGACAAGAGAGAUUGCAGAUGAAACUCUGUGUGUGACCAGCCGCCGUCCUCCACAGCUACUGAAAGCCUGUAAUCUGGAGCCCUGCCCCCCAAGGUGGGAGAUUGGGAAAUGGAGCUCCUGUAGUGUCACCUGUGGAGUUGGACUGCAGACUCGAGAUGUCUUCUGCUCUCACCUCCUCUCAAGAGAGACGAAUGAGACAGUGAUUUUGGCAGAUGAGCUGUGUCAUAAACCCAAGCCCUCGUUAGUGCAAGCCUGCAAUCGUUUUGACUGCCCACCAUCCUGGUACCCUACAGAAUGGCAACAGUGUUCACAGACCUGUGGAGCAGGCACUCAGAAGCGAGAUGUGCUCUGUAACCAGCGCAUGGCAGAUGGAAGUUUUUUGGAGCUUCCAGAAACCUUCUGCUCCGCUCUGAGACCAGUUGCCCAACAAGCCUGCAAAAACAAAGACUGUCCCAGCGAAUGGCUUCUUUCCGACUGGACACAGUGUUCAGUGAGCUGUGGAGAGGGCACCCAGACUCGAAAUGCCAUUUGCAGGAAGAUGCUGAAAACUGGAGGUUCUGUCAUCAUCAAUUCCUCAAUGUGCCCACCUUUGCCUCUCUCUUCUUUAGUCAGGUCCUGUGCACCAGCAGCUUGCACAAGGCACAACAGGCCAGCUCAAAAGCAAAGCCCCCAUAUUAUGGCCCUGAAGAAAGUUUACAUCCAGACAAAGAAGCAGAAGAAGCUACACUUUAUUGUGGGUGGCUAUGCCUACCUGCUGCCCAAAACCUCUGUUGUCCUCCGAUGUCCGGUGAGAAGGUUCCGUAAAUCAAUGAUCACCUGGGAGAAAGACAACAAGCGACUCCUCAGUUCAGUUCACAUUACCAUUGCACCGUACGGGUACAUGAAGAUCCACCGUUUAAAGCCUUCAGAUGCUGGGACGUACACCUGCACGGCAGGGCCAGCCCGGGAACAUUUUGUGAUUAAACUAAUUGGAGGCAACAAUAAGCUCAUCAACCAACCAGCUGGGAUUAGAGAGGAAGAGGGUACAAGGAAGUCCAGUUUGAAUGAAGCCUUGCACACUCAGGAGAAGCAUCAGAACGGGAUUCUCUUCAAUAGGAGCAAGGCCGAGAAACGAGGGCAUCUGGCUGAUCCUAGCAGCCAGUACGAUGACAUUGUCUCAAGACUUCUGGAGCAGAGAGGCUGGCCUGGGGAAAACCUGGAAUCCUGGGAGGCUCAGGAGUCGACAGAGAGAAAUGCCUCUUCAGAGGAGGAGCAGAGUCAGGACUACAGCCUUCCGUUUACCAUGGUCACGGAGCAGAAACGCUUGGAUGAUAUCAUAAGGAAUUUGUCUCAGCAGCCUGAGGAACUUAAGGAUGUCUACAGCAAGCAGCUUGUUGUGCAGCUGGCUGAUGACAUCUUCAGGAGCCAUUUGGAAAAUCAAGAAUCUGUUUUCCAGGGGAGAAUUCUUUCAGCUACAGCAGAGUUCUCUUUCCGCAACCCUAUGUCUGGAUUCACCAGUUCCUUGAGAACAUCGUCUGCCAAAGCACACCUGCCUACUUCAGUGGAGGUGGGGAAUGGCUCACGCAGGCCCCAUCGAAAGCCUGCAAUCCUCAGGAAGAUUUCUGCAGCUCAGCAGCUCUCAGCCUCUGAAGUUGUCACCCACUUGGGACAGACAGUCGUCUUAGCCAGCGGGACCCUAAGUGUGCUGCUUCACUGUGAGGCUGUUGGGAACCCAAAGCCCACCAUUAGCUGGGCUAAAAAUGGAGCAGAGGUGCAAUACAGUGACAGGAUACUCCUUCAGCCAGAUGACUCUUUGCAGAUUCUAGCACCAGUGGAGGCUGAUGUGGGUUUCUACACCUGCAAUGCAACUAAUGCUUUGGGAUCUGACUCUGUCUCCAUUGCGGUCACUUUAGCAGGAAAACCACUGAUCAAGGCAUCGAGAGCUACGCUGAUCAACACAGAGUCCUCCGCUGUGACGGUUGACAUUGGAAGCACAGUGAAAACAAUCCAAGGUGCAAAUGUUACCAUUAGCUGCCAAGUUGCAGGUGUACCUGAAGCAGAAGUUACUUGGUUGAGGAACAGGAUCAAGCUGGCCCCUGCCUAUCAUCUGCAUGAUGGCUCAUUGCUGAUUGCAAAUGUAACUCUGUCCGAUCAGGGGUUAUAUUCCUGCAGGGCAGCCAAUCUUCGUGGGGAGGUGACUGAAAGCACACAGCUGCUGAUUCUUGAUCCCCCACAAACCCUCCUUCAAUUAGAAGAUUUGACAACAAUGCUUUUAAUCACGGGGCCGGAUAUUCCCUCAGUGCUGACCUCUCCUUCAGGAACAAGGAUGGUACUAAAUCCUGGAAGUUCUGUCCUCAUCGGUUGCCCAGUGGAUGGUCACCCAACUCCAAACAUCACUUGGUUUUAUGCUGGUCAACCCAUCAGCAUGAGACAUAACAUCCUGGCAGCUGGUCAGAUUCUUCAGCUACUAAACAUCAGUGACGGUUAUCAAGGUGAAUUCAGCUGCCUGGCUCAGAAUGAAGCUGGCUCACUUAUGCAAAAAACAUCUCUGACAAUCCGAGAAUAUUGGUGGUCAGCGGACAGACUGAUGGCAUGUUCGGCCUCCUGUGGUAACAAAGGAGUGCAGCAACCCCAGCUGAGGUGCUUACUGGACAGGACUGAGGUCAAUGCAUCCCACUGCAUAGAGAAGCCCAAGCCAGUGCUACAGCCUGUUGCUUGUAACAGAAGAGACUGCCCUUCAAGGUGGAUGGUGACAUCCUGGUCCCUUUGUACACGGAGCUGCGGUGGAGGUGUCCAGACCCGGCGCGUGACAUGUCAGAGGUUGACCGCUAUGGGCAGUUCUGUCCCCAUGUCAAAUGAGGCAUGUGCCCAGGUUGCCAAACGCCCAGUGGAUACCCAGAUCUGUAACAGGCAGCUGUGCAUGGAGUGGGUGGCUUCCUCUUGGGGUCAGUGUAAUGGGCCAUGCAUCGGACCACGACUAGCUGUACAGCACAGACAGAUUUUCUGCCAGACCAGGGAUGGGAAUUCUGUGUCUUCUGACCAGUGCGGUGCCCUGCCAAGGCCUUUGAGCACACAGAACUGCUGGACAGACAUCUGUGGUGUGCACUGGAGGGUCAGUCUGUGGACUCUGUGUACAGCUACGUGUGGGAACUAUGGCUUCCAGUCCAGGCGAGUGGAAUGCGUGCAUGUCCGCACCAACAAACCUGUGCCGGAGCACUACUGUUCCUGGAGGCCAAGACCUGCGAACUGGCAACGCUGCAACAUCACCCCCUGCGAAAACAUGGAGUGCAGAGACACCACCAGGUACUGUGAGAAGGUGAAGCAGCUCAAACUCUGCCAGCUCACCCAGUUCAAAUCUCGCUGCUGUGGGACUUGUGGAAAAGCAUGAAGAUGAGAGCAAUUGAGAUAGGGAAUCAGAGGCAUCAGCCUUUGCUUCACUACAGGAAGGACUGUUACAAAACAAAUGGGACAGAAUUCAGUUUUCUUCAUUUUAUUUAUUUAUUUUUUAUUUUUUAUUUUUUAACUUUACUGAAUCAUUGUUGUAAAGGACUUGGCAAGUUUUCCCUUCAGUGAGGCUGGGAGAUGGAAUGCAGCAAAGCACAGUCGUGGUGGGAGACCAAAAAGAAAGAGAAGACAAGCAACAUGUCGGGCCUGAGUGGAACAGAGCUGCCUAGGAAUCCUCGUACAGGCCUUGUGAUACACAUCAACCAGCAGAUGGGGAAAAACACCAAAGCAAAAACUCCCAUUAGCAGCAGAUCAGACCACCAGGGCAUGGAUCAAACAGCUUGACAGAUCAUGGACUACUGAAAAAAGGGAUUGAACUAAACAUUCAGCUAAGCAAUGGGCAGAGACAUCAUUUGCCCUAGAUGGGUUUGUUAACAUAAACGUGUGGUUUUGUUUUUUUAAAACUGCUAUCCUAAAGCUGUAUUCCUGUUCUCUCUCUCCCUCUCAUGCUAAGAACUUAGGAUCUGAAAAAGAGGUUAAACAUUGUGCGAAAGCAUGAAUGAGUUUAAAAUACAUCUAAAUAAGUGCAACAAGUUUUUUCUCUCAACAUAAAAAAAUGAAGUACAGUAUUACGCAGAAAAGGAAAGUGAGUGACAGAAUGAUCUGUUAUUGACAGGCCAACGUGCAUACCUGCCAUCACUGCACUGUACAGAGCACUUAUAGGAGGGGUUGUAUAUAUUUGUGGCAACAAGAGCUACUUACCAUGCUGCAUCUUAACAUGAUUAAAAUGUAUCUGGGGAAGAGAGAAGCCUGAGAUCCCAGAGUUAUUGGGCUUUCAGAUCUGGGGUUUUGGUCUAUUUCUAACUUUGAAUUUGUAGAAAUGAUUUCUAUGUCCUGCCAGUGUGGAAUUUUUCUCUCAGUUACAGCCAGAUCCUCCAGUGAUAAUUAUUAAUUUAUCAAGAAGGAGAAUUCAGCUGCUCUGAUUUGUUAUAGUUCUUUCUGUCACGUAGACAUGCAGAAUGCUACAUCAUCAGCUUUGGCCCCAAAGUGGUAGCACAGAUUCCUAAAAGACACACCAAAAAAGGUGGACGCUAGUAAGUGAAGCAGUUGUAGUCCAUGAAUAGAACUCUACAGUCAGAGGUGAGCUGAGAAGUGAGUGUCCAAUUUCACAUUCAUAACAUGAUUUUGCCUGCUCAUUGUGAUUCUCUCUCCUAAUUGCAUCGAUAAUCAAAAAUUAAGUGCUUCAUCCUUCAAGGUGCUAGGCAUCCUCAAGUCAGUGUAAAUCCAGGUUGCUCAGCACCUUGCAGAAAUCGUCCUUAACUACAAAGUUUGAAUUUGAACUUACCCGAAGUCUGAGGGAGAGGUGCCCAGAUCCGGAGUUUUGGUUUAGGACUAUCUCUAAAUGUAAGGUUUGGCUGUGCCUCUUGUAGCACCCCCAGUGGGACUCUCAUCUUGUGAUGCAGUAAUAAAACACUGUUCAAGUAUUGAUAUGUUGCAGCUUACCUUACAUGUGGAUUUUUCAACAAGCCUGGAAGUUCUCUUGUGAGGUUAACACCAGGUCCAUUGCAUUAAAUUGCCUCCAGUUUGGUCAUUCCAAAGUGUGUCUGGCAGGGAACGCUCUCUCUAUAAAUGGGUCUCUGAGAAAUCACGUUGCUAAGAAUCAGUGUAACUUUUAUUUAAAAACAAACAAAAAAAAGUCUUUUUAUGUAUGUAAAUGUAUAUCUUUUUGUGUAUAUUUAUUAGGAUUCCUUGUAUAAAAAGUGCAAUAUUAAUAAUUGUACAUUGUUGUCCAGAUAAAAACUAUUUUGGGGA